AGUCGAGGACAUGUCAAGUAGCAAGCCACGGCCGGAGCUUAAGGACUUGGGAACAAUUACGGGUGAAUUUCGUGUCGGCAUCUCACAGAAGGAGGAGCACUAUGAGAAACCAUACCACGAUACGUCGAACAAGCCCACGGUCGGCCAUGAAAACGUCCAUGAAAAACAUCUCAAGGGUCAAGCGAUAUCGCAGCAGGCGAAGUACGCUUAGCCUCGAAUUGCAACACACGUAUCUUAUUGCUAAUACUGGCAGACCGGGAGAUCCGUCUCGCAUCCCUGAGCCCAAUACUGUUCGUGUCAGGUACCUGAACGACUGUGAACCGUUUGCGACUUUCCAAUUUCGAUAUCGUUCACGUAGGGUCCUCCAGAUUCUUUGCCUCAUUCCAAGAAGUCCAAGUCCAGUGCCGCUCGAGGAUCGGCCAGAGGAGAGUCUCAGUAGAGAGGAGCUACUAGAACUUCUCCGCCGACAGAAGGCACGUCAAGAAGAGCAGAUCACGAUCAAGAGAGAGCUCAAGCGAGAGCGUGUUGACGACGAUGAGAGUGAUGAUGAACUUGUCGUCGUAUCCUCUCGACCACCCGCCUCAAAGGUGAAGACUUCGGUCAACGUGGACACUGGUGUCGAGACUAUCGAUCUGACAGAUGAUUGAAAUGGGAUGUACCAUGGUUGGGCCACGCACACUUGCCGCCAUCCACCCCCGACAGAAACACGGCGUUUGUUGUUUUACAGCAUGACACCCCUG